UGUGAAGGGGAAAUAAACACACUUGUUGUUUCCAGUAAUCAAACAUUCUAUUCAAUAUGUAGUUUUGUGUUCUGUGCACUCAACUCCUCAAACCAGCUUUAAUAACACAAAUCCAUCACCAAAAUUCUUCCAUCAAAUUGUCUUCUUGCUCUGAUGUGUGUCUCUGUCUUGACCAUUGCCACUCUAACCAAACCAUUACCCAGCCUGUGCAAUUAAAUAAUCUCUAAAACAACAUGACUGUAAUUCAGAUUUGCUGAUUAAGAGAAACUUGACAGCACAUUCCAUUCUUACACAUAACUUUCAUUCUCUGCAUCUCCUAGUCAACUGAAGAGAUCCUGAUAUUCUGCAGAUUGAGUGCAAAAAACAACGAUGCAUAUACAUGAUAUAAUGCAACAGCAGUUGUAAACACAAAGCCAAGAUCAGUCAUUUUAUUAUCAUUAAUAUACAGUACAUAUGGCAUGCUAAUGUAAGAUCUGCCCUGGACCAGUUAGUUAAAACGCAGAACCAGGUGAUAUUAUUUAGUAGUUCAAUGUUAAGAGAGACUCCUGCUUCACACUGCAGUGACAUACAGAUGGAAGAAAACAAAGCUUCAGUCUGAUGAGCAAAGGGGAAACUGAACCAACUGCCUUCAGUCUUAUCAUUGAAACCAGGCUCGUACAGAGAGACGCACAUGAGGUGUGAUUGAGGAAGUUAAAGUAGAUUUACAGGCAUCAGACCAUGUUUGCAUCGAAAGAGGCGUUUCCACACAUUGCACUAAAAAUAUUUUUGUUUGCACAUGCUAUGAUAGAUGAUAAAGUGGCUUGUCGGUCUCACUAAAGGCCAUGCUGGAACACCCCUGGAACACCCCUGAUCUGCGAGCUUUCAGUCGCAGAAGUGUCUUUAGAAGGUCUGUGUGUACUAGAGUGGCUUCAGCAUCUCGGUGAGGAUGACUUCCCUCCACAUUUUUUUGCUUGUGUCUGUGCAAGUGUUUUGCAUCUGGGCCUGGCUGUCGCAAAAAUGCCUGCUGUUCUAUGAAGAUGGUUCGUACUCAGAUAAUAACAUGCUCUUCUUCGGUGGUACAUGCCCACGCAGCAACGCCACAGCUGUCUGCAGGGAUGUCACUGACAUAGAGCUAGAACUAUCAGCGAUCAUGGCUGACAUUGAGAUUCUGUGUCUUUGGGUAAACCAUGGGUCAUCGCUUCAGCCAGCAAUCUUCUCCAAAUUUCACAAUCUCAGGAGCAUGUACAUCUACGGCUGUCUGUCUGCAAUCCUCCCAGAAGCCUUCAGAGGACUCUCCAACCUACACCUGCUCUCCAUGGCUAGCCCAGAACGCUGCAAUACAUCGGCCCCAUCUAAGGUAUUUAAUGAUCUGCACAUUCUGGAGGAACUGAAACUUCAAAACUAUACUCUAUCGGAAAUGGCAGCAGAUGUUUUUGAUGGACUGAGUCACAUGAAAAGACUUGAUGUUAAGGGCAAUGACGACUUCUCAGAGCUUCUUUGUAAACUAUCAUAUUUUUCAGCCUCCCUGGAAUAUUUAGGUAUCAAAAUGGAGGAUGCUGUGGUUUUAACAACUCCAAAUUGCACAUAUGGCCCGAUCAGGUUUCCUUCUCUGAGGGAAGUCAACUUUUCCUUUCCACGCCUCAAGUCAAUUGAACAAAUUGCUUUUAGAUACUUUGAUAGGGUAUCAUUAUUAAACAUGCCAAUGAAUGAUGUGCUCCAGACUCAACUCCUACACUCUGGGAUCCAACAACUUGAUCAGAUGCAGUUCAGUCUGAAUGAAGUAAACAUCAAAUCUAUCUGUGAAAUUGUAUUUGCCCUCUCUGUCUCUCAUAUCAGUUUGCAUUUCGAUACGUUACAAGAGUACUCUGAGUCAUCAUGGGAGAAAUGUUACAAGCUGGAAGAAAUCACACUUGACGGGCAGAAUUUAACAAACAUUGAUCUCAGCUUCAUGUCCACUUUGAAAAAUGUAACGUUCUUCGAAAUUGAAACAGACGGUGCAUGUACCACUGUUGAAGAUGAAUCUCUGACCACUCUUUGUACGAGACAUGUUUCUUUAACAGCAUUGAGGAGUUUCAUUUACAGAACUAAUCAGUACCUGACGCUCAGCACCAACCUGUUUGUUUGUGUAAGUCACCUGGAACAACUGGUGUUAGAGGGAAAGUUUACACGGAUUGAGAGCUUUGCAUUUGAAGGACUUAACAAUUUGCGGUUCCUUGAGCUGAAAAUGGAAAACUACUUUGCCCCUGAAGAACAGCACACAACUGAAAAAAACUGCUUAAAAAAUGUAACUAUCCUGGACACAAUUAGUCAGGGUAAUUUAACUGUUGAAAAGGAUGCUUUUAAAGGACUGACUGUGCUCCGGGUCUUAUAUUUCAAAGCACAUAUUUUAGCAAUAAAAGCUAAAUAUUUCUUAGGUCUUGAAAAUUUACUUGAAUUACAACUCAGUGUUUGCAGAAUUCAAACCAUUGAAGACUUUGCUUUUGCAAAUCUUGGGCAGUUGAAAAAAAUGAGCCUUAGUUUUAACAGAAUAUCAAAAAUUCAAAUGAAUACUUUCAAGGGACUUCAGAACUUGGAGAGAUUGAUGCUUGACAAUAAUCCCUUAAAGGAUUUGGAAGCAUCUUCCUUCUCCCAUUUCCCCUCCCUCAGGGUUCUCCAUCUUGGAAAUCUGAUGUUUUCCAACUCUGAGCACUCUGGCAUGCAGGUCCUCAACCUGAGUCUCAUCUUUGGGGGCUUCCCUCACCAGCUGUCUGACCUCACCAUCACGUCUGCUGUGCGCCCCAUGACUCUGGUCAUCGCUGAUGACAGCGCCCCAGACGAGGGCCUGAGUCUCUCACUCUCAGGCCAGAAGAUUGUUUUAUGGGGUUGUGAAAGACGUUUUUUUAAAUCUGUCAUCAAACUUCACGUCACGGCUGAUCACUUCUUGUGUGCGCCUGACCUCACUGUUGCCCUACAGCACUUCACCUCUGUGGUCGAUUUGUUUUUUAGCCAGUGGUAUACUAGCACAAUUCAAGAUCUUUCUGGCUUGAGCAGACUUGUGCAUUUAAAAAGACUUAAACUCACAAAUAUUGAUUUCUACAAACAACCUGGUUUCAAUGUCAUGUUUAAUGGCUUGACCAAACUUGAGAGUCUGAGUCUCUACAAUUGCUUAGUGAAUUCCUUUGACAGGGUCAUCAGUGUGGACAUGAAGUCUCUGAAAUAUUUGUACCUUCAUAUUUCAUCUGAGACCACUGUAUACAAGCAGUUCUUUGAGCCCUUGAACAGCCUAAGAUCUGUUGUCCUAUUUGAUCCACGACUCUUCUGCAACUGUGAAAACUCCUGGUUCAUUAGCUGGGCAAAGCAAGAGAGCCAAGUGGGGGUGUUUCCUGUCUCGAAGCAGCACAGAACACUGCAGUGCCUAAAUGGAAACAGGCUCCAGGACUUGGACAGGUACGGCCUGUCCCACUGCAGGCCGGAGGAGGGGUUUGAGCUUUUCCUCAGCACCACUGGCCUCCUUGUGUUCUUCAUCGUGGCUGUUCUCGUGUACCGGCUGCACAGCAACACUAGAGGGCACUACCGCUAUGAUGUCUUUGUGUCGCACAGUGGUGAAAAUGAGAGCUGGGUCGUGGAGAGGCUCCUGCCCAGUCUGGAGCAGAGAGGGCCUCCAUUUUUGCGCCUCUGCCUUUCUAGGAAGGAGUUCCAGCUGGGGAAGGACACUGUGGAGAAUAUCACCGACAGUCUCUACAGAAGCCGCCGCACCCUCUGCCUGGUCAGCCGCCACUUCCUGCGGAGCAACUGGUGCUCCCUGGAGAUGCGACUAGGCACCUACCGGCUGCAGGUGGAGCACAGGGAUGUGCUCAUCCUGGUGUUUCUGGAGAAGAUCCCUUCUAACCUGCUCUCUGCCCACCACAGGCUGGCCCGACUGGUCAAGACCAGGACUUACAUAGACUGGCCUCAAGACCCGGCCCAGCAGGAGGCCUUCUGGGACAUACUGUGGAACAAACUAGUUACAGAAAAGGUGUUAUGAGUUGCCAUGCACCAUUUUUUUUAUUGUUAACGGUACUUUUUUAAUAAAACUUGAAUGUAACAUAAAGUAGAGCAAACAUGUAAAAAUUGCUUUCUGAUAUAGAUAACACAUUAUUUUGAAGAAAUUGUUAGGAUAAACAGACACCUCUUUUGAUGGAUAAAUUAUGAGAGAUCUCUGAUGGUUAAUGUUGCUCACGUGAACAAAUAUUUUUUAUGAACCACAAGAUGCAUUAAGAAUCGGAUCGUUUGGAAAUAGAUCCAAAGAGUAGAUGUGGCCUGGGACAGUUCUAAAAUGGUGUUUGAAGCAAAAGUGAAUUCUGCGAAGACUCAACUGAUUAUUCUUCAGUGUUAUGUGGCAGAGCUGUAAAUGUGUGUGUACACUUGGUUGUGAAUCAGAUUUCAAUGUAUUCUGGAGUAAGUACAACCUGUACAAUUUGUCACAUGAAAUGUACAAUAGUGUACAAUAAUGUUCACAGGAGGCUCCUUAUAGCAAUAUUUUGUAGUUUUUACUGUAUUUCUUUAAGUAUGUUUGGGUACGUAGCUAGUUUGUCUAACAGCCUCAAAUAAAUGUUGAUAAUACAAUGUCAUGUGAAGGGGAAAUAAACUCACUUGUUGUUUCCAGUAAUCAAACAUUCUAUUCAAUAUGUAGUUUUGUGUUCUGUGCACGCAACUCCUCAAAAACAGCUUUAAUAACACAAAUCCAUCACCAAAAUUCUGCCAUCAAAUUGUCUUCUUGCUCUGAUGUGUGUCUCUGUCAUGACCAUUGCCACUCUAACCAAACCAAUAUCCAGGCUGUGCAAUUAAAUAAUCUCUAAAACAACAUGACUGUAAUUCAGAUUCGCUGAUUAAAAGAAACUUGACAGCACAUUCCAUUCUUACACAUAACUUUCAUUCUCUGCAUCUCUUAGUCAACUGAAGAGAUCCUGAUAUUCUGCAGAUUGAGUGCAAAAAACAACGAUGCAUAUACAUGAUAUAAUGCAACAGCAGUUGUAAACACAAAGCCAAGAUCAGUCAUUUUAUUAUCAUUAAUAUACAUAUUGCAUGCUAAUGUAAGGUGUACACUGGACCAGGUGAAAUUAUUUAGUAGUUAAUUGUUAACAGAGACUCCUACUUCACACUGCAGUGACAUACAGAUGGAGGAAAACAAAGUUCAGUC